CCAAUCGCGUCCCAGUCCGCAAAACCAGUGUAAAUCCACGCAACAGCACGUUGCGCACAUGGAUCGGGUUGAGGUGACCACGCCACACCCUGCGCACAGACGGAGGCAGGGCGGCUGCGGCUUGUGUAACAGCUGUACGAGCCAGUGGCACCGACAGCAACCAGUUGCGCCAGCACCGUGCGCCCAGCUGAAAUGUCCCGUACGCAGAGGAGGCGGCGCAUGCAGCGGCCUCUCAGCGCGACGGGGACCGACAACUAGUGGGGGAUUACUCGGACGCAGUUAAUGUACGACAGCGGUUACAUGUUCGUGUCGCCACCGCCGCUGUAGCCACUUCUCGGAGGAAUGAGAGGCCCGUGCUGGGCUGUGAAAAUGGGGCUUUUCCUGCACACUGUCGGCUCUCUCACCCCCACCGAGUCUGCGGUGGACAGGAGUCUGCUGCAUUGUGAAGGUGUUAAUAACCAGAGCUACAUCUGUGAAUCUGGACACUGCUGCGGAGAGUCUCAGUGCUGUAGCUACUACUAUGAGCUCUGGUGGUUUUGGUUGGUGUGGGCGAUCAUCUUCAUUUUGAGCUGCUGCUGCGUGUGCCACCAUCGCCGCACCAAACACCGGCUGCAGCAGCAACAACGGCAGCACGAGAUCAACCUCAUCGCUUACCGUGAAGCACACAACUACCCCUCUGUGCCCUUCUACUUCAGGUUUCUGCCAAACUACCUCCUGCCUGACUAUGAGGAGGUGGUCAAUAGACCACCGACUCCUCCCCCUCCCUACAGUGCCUUACACACAGGCCCAUCGUCAGUGGCUUCUAGUCCCUUGGCCUCUGAGCAGCAGGAGAGACACUGUCCAGCCAUCCAGCCUACUCCAGUGCCCCAGGUCUCUGAAAGUCUGUGUUGCAGACCCAGCACAGAGGAAGCACAACCUCCCACUUCAGACUUAAGGCCGAAGCCUGACAGCAAGCCAAUGCAGACACAAGAUUCAGGCGUGAUACUCCUCUCCGAUGGGCUCAGUAGGGAGGCACUCACCAGCCAGGAGAAAAGAAGCGGGGAUGGGGACGAGUCCUGCAAGGACGCCCUGCCGAAGGACCUGUCAGAAGGUUGUGCUGAGGACAAAGAUCGGCUCCCCAAUGGAAGGAGGAGGCGAUUCACAGGGGACUCUGGGAUUGAGGUGUGUGUGUGCAGCACACGUGGGAGCGGCAGUUGCAGUGGAGUAGGAGGGACGGGCCAGGAAGGCAAAGAGUUGAGGGAGCUGGAGAGCCUUCUUGGGCGCGAGGGACAUGGCGACAACGACGAGGAGGGGGAGGAGGAGGCCGGGGACUUCUGUGACAGCUGCGGUCAUCGGGCCUCCUUCAGCGCGGAGGAGGAGCAGGUGCUGGGCGGGCUGGAGAGGCAGGCCGCUCGUGGACCUUCAGGAUCUCCUCAGGCGGCUCAGCAGAUAGGCAGCGGCUCGCUCCACCCUCCUGUGUGCCUCCUCCUUCACACCAUCAACGAGCAGGAGGGGCCGCACCACAGCACCAGCACUGAGCUGCAGGGCUGAAACACAGCGGACACAGUGUUGUCAUAGAGGGAAGGAGAGCACUUAGGACAGGAUAUGGAGGCAUGUGCUUUUGUAUUUAAGUGUAUUAUGCCUCAAUGCUUUCUAAGUGAGUAUUUUUAUGAAUGUGUGCAUCUUAGAUAAAACAGGUGUGGAGGAAGCGGAAUCUCAACGGAAGCGAGUGAGAUCCAAAGGUUGAGAAAGCCUGCUCCUCCCCACACUGGAACAGUGGCCUUAACCUGUGUAUGUUGGGUUAGUUGGGCCAUAAAGCCCUCUAACAGCCUGUGGCAAUUGAGACUGCUCACAAACACACACAGUCUGUCAGAUGUCCGUCUCAUACAAUGGAAUCAACUGACAGUAAAAGACUUGAUAGCCGAAGCUGUGAUGUCAGAACAGGACGUUCACUGCCUAGGAUGAACUCAGCUCCUCCUCAAUGGGUGCUUGUAACAACUCUGCAAAGCCGCUCUUUACGUAAUGACAAAAAAUAAAAAAACACACCAAACCGGAACUUUUUGAAUGAGUGCAAUGUGGAAGUACCACAGUGUGUGUUUUUAUGCAAUCUGAUACUGUACAGGGACACCUGAACAAGACUGUGUGGGACGUCCUGUUUGACUCAUGCUUCUCAAGUGCUUUUUCAGCGAUUUAAAAACCGCUUUGCCUUGUGCCCAUUUUUGUUGUUCCUUAUCUGCCCUGCUAGUAAAAGAGUGUAAGUGCAUUAACAGAUCUUUAUGUGAGAGGUUCCUAUUUUGCACAAAAUGUAUUUAGCAUUUAGCAAAAAAAAAGUCAAACAAAUUUUUUUUCAUAAACUAAAAGUCUUAAAGGACCGAUAUGAAAGUUUUGCUUUUGCUACAUCUCCAACAUUACCAUUAACAGCUGUUUACUUACUAGCAGGCUUGAAGAAAUAUUUUAGGUUCAGCAUCAAACUUCAUUCCUCCCAAAGAGAGAAGUGGAAAGCAGAGCCAAUGUUAACUCUUGUUUUGCCUCUAUUUCUGUCACCUCAUGGCUUUCUGUUAGCGAGUCACUGUAGUGUCCAGUCUGCCCUGAAAAAGUAGUGCUGCUCAGAGGGCGUAGUACUGCCUUUCUUUUUCUUGUAAAUGCAACAAUUGCUAAAGCUCUUGGCUAGCGACCAUCACCACCAAACCAGGGCAGAAAAAACUAACAUAGCACCUUUAAAUUUUUGUUAAUUUCUUAGGGUUUUGUUGCCACAUCUGUAAGAAAUUGACUUUUGUGAAUUGUUUGUAUACAAUCAUUUUUCAACUUGAUUUAAUGAAUGUUUGUAGUAUGUGCCUACCCCAAAACAUGUAGAAUGUUGAUGAAUGAUUAGCUUCACUGAAAGUGAGAUUGUCAUAAAUCAGGUACUAAAACCAAGAAAAGAAUGUUAAGCUUCAGAGAUUACAACUGAGAUGGGCAACAUCAGACCUCAAACUUUUGUGUCAGUCACUUCAAUAGAUUACCACCUUCACCAGCUACACAGUAUAAAAACAAAGAUUUACACUCUUAAUGUUUCAUAUCAGCACAAUCUCUACCAUUCUCCACUCGUAGUAUCCAUUGAUUAAACAUAAGUAAUAGUUUCCAGCUAACUGAUUUUACCCACGAGUGAUUGAUUCUGUCUUUUUUUUUUAUAUAGGACAGGAAACCAUUCAUUUAAAUUGCACACAAAAUGUGUAAUAUUAAGCAUUGAACCACACAUGGUAAAACACAUUUUCUUUCAACAGCUGCAGUCACGGGUGUGGUGAAAGAAAAUCAUCUGUGAGAGAGAGAACAGAUAAAACAAUGUAUGUUUAGAUAAAAUAAAUAAUAAGAUAAUAACAAGCAAUGUGUGUAACCCUUCAUCAUGGAUAUGAAGCAAAUAUCAUUUAGAAAAAGCAUAGAAAUAAUCAAAAUUGAUUAUAAUGAAAGUGAUUUUUUCUGGAAAACCAGUCAGUUGUUCAAGCUUGAAUGUUUUAAAUCAAACCUCCUAAUCCAAACAUCACAAGAUAAUCAUUUUUCAUCAAUACUCAAAAUAUUGUUUGAUGACAAAUGUGCACAUGAAGAAUGAAUUGCCCACAGAGGAGAAAGUGGACGUGAUGUGUGAAUCUUUCACAAAGCAACUUGUGUUUUUGUUUGCCCACUCUCUGAAAUGUACUGGAUCUGGUGAUUCUAAAUGCUUUUGUGCUGUAGAAAUGUAGUUUUCAAUAUUGUGAUGUCUGCAAAGCACAAACGUGUAAGCCCCCGGCCUCUCAGAUUUAUAUUAAAUAUACCAUGAAUCAAUCAAACACAAGAUGUCUCCCAAAACCUCUAGCACAAGAUAAAAAACUGCAACCUUUUGUGAUAAUUGUGAGAUGACUGAAUUUUACUCAUUGAAGCCUGAACACACUAAAGUGCUUUUUACGCUUUUUGUGACCUAGAAAAAUGCAAUUGUGGCACAUGUAGUAAAAAAAUGACUUAUUUUUCAUAUCGGCUGAAUCCUUUAAAAAAUAUUCUAACUGUAUAAAAUGUCAAAACCACUUUUUGCAAAUUGAGGACAAUAUUCUCUAACAUGUUUGUGAACCAAAAUAGUUGCUUUCAUCAUUUUUAUGAAAUCAGUAGUUUUAUUGUUAUGGACAGAUUUUCUUUUGUCAUUUUAGGUAUUAUUGUUAUUAUUAUUAUUAUUAUUCUUCUGUUGAGAAAAGAUGUGUGAAGGGUACAUGUGACUAACAAUACACUAGAGUCUUUGAUAACAAGUUCAGGGGCAUCUCGCCAAAGACACUUUUUCUUUCUUUACCAGUGUGUAAGGUGGUUUUGCACAUAUUAUUUGAAUGUUCUGAUCAUAAGCCAUUAAUUACAAGUACCAAGAUGGAUGUAUGUUUAAUAAACAUACUCUUAUAAAUUC